GCCGACCAGUCGGUGACGUACCGGAACGUCACCGCCUGGGCGACCAAGUGCCCGCCGCCGCCUUGUUUCCGCGAGGAAUCUGAUCCGAGGUCAACCUCCUCCGAUUUCCGUGGAUUGCUUGCCAACAAGUCCCAGCGAAGGUCAACGUUUCUCUUGCCUCUUCGACCGUUGCGUGUGUUGGGGUGCAGAUUGUCUUCCGCGGGAGCUUUGUCGCCGCUCCCUGCCUCUCUCGCCCCCUUGCCUGCGGCUGCAUAGCGCGUCGCCGCUGUCUUCUCACUCUUUCUCUCUCUCUUGUACACUCCGUGAAUUGUGAAUUUUCAAUCAUCACUUGUGACCAUGUCUUCCGCCGUGGCCUCGGAUGCUCCCGAAAAGACCCCUGAUGAUUCCUCCAAGUUGAAAACGUUCCUAUCAAUCCUCCGAAGGUUUGUCGGAGUGACUGAUAUAGCGUCCGUUCGCUUCUCGCUGCCUGCGCAUCUUCUGGAACCGAUGCCCAACCUGGAGUACUGGAAUUAUUUGGAUAGACCGGAGACCUUUGCAAGCAUUGGUAAAUCAGAUGAUCCGCUGGGACGGAUGCUGGAAAUCUUAAGGUUCUGGUUCACGAAAGACCUGAAAUACAUCAAGGGCAAGCCCUGCAAGCCGUAUAACUCUACCUUGGGUGAAUUCUUCAGAUGCAGCUGGGAGAUUGAGGAUCUUCCCACGGCGGUCUCAGUACCUUCCAAGUCGGACACCACCAGCGGAGCUUCCACCAAGACGGACGACAAAAACGAAGCGGUCAAGGUAUGUUACUUGACCGAACAAACUUCUCACCAUCCACCAGUGUCUGCCUUUUACAUCGAUUGUGAGGAACGAGGCAUUUCAGCCCGCGGCUUCGACCAGAUAAGCGCCAAGUUCACGGGCACGAGCAUUCGCGUGGCGCCCGGGCAGCAUAACCUGGGCAUCUUUGUCAAUAUCGCGAGGCGAGACAACGAAGAAUACCAGCUCACCCACCCUGAUGCCCAUCUUGGUGGCUUGUUGAGGGGUGCGUUGGCCAUCACGGUUUCCGACACUUGCUACAUAACAUGUCCCAAGACCCGUAUCAAGGUCAUCCUGCAGUACCUGGAGGAAGGUUGGAUUGGCCGGGCCCAGAACAAGGUUGAGGGCGUCAUCUUUCGCUACAACCCGGACAAGGACACCACGACAAGAAUUAAAGAUGUGCCGGAAGGGGAUCUUCUUGCCAAAAUCAGCGGGUCCUGGCAUGGGCAGGUUUUCUACACACUUGCGGGGACCAAUGAGCCCCGGCUGUUGAUUGACAUUGGUCCUCUCUUUCCCAUACCCAAGGCAGUACCCACCGAAGACCAGCAGCUGUCCAACGAAUCUCGCAAAUUCUGGUCCGGGGUCACGGAGGCCAUCGUCGAUAAAAAAUACGGCCAAGCCACCCGGCUCAAGCAAGAGAUCGAGGAGCGGCAACGUCAAAAGGCCGCAGAAAGACAGGCCAAAAAUGAGGCGUGGCAGCCUCGCUUUUUUACCGGCGCCGUCACGCCAUUGGGUAGACCUGAAUUGACUGAAGAAGGGCAGAAGGCCCUCGAGGGACUUCGUCAUGGACAGUACGAGUUAGAGGAAAGUGAAUUCAAGGGCGCAUAGAGGGGUUGCGGUAGGAUAAUAAUACUAAAUACACGAGAUUGGAUUGUAUCCAGGGCGUUUUGGCACGAGAGCCUUCCGAUCGUCCCUGAAUUGGCGAAAUUCUGUUCUGUUUACUUUUUCCGUUUCUCGCUGGUUUCGCCAGAGAAUUGAGCAUAUAAAUUGGUUUGACCCUUUACACCCCCCCUCCCCUAUAUAAUAAUACCAAUGUAGCCUUGAUUGCCAG